AUCGCGCUCACUUGCUCCGAACACGAAACGCGCACCUCACCUCUUCCCCUCUCCACUGCCUACCUCCACCUCAUUGUCAUGUCAACCAUCUCCGCAAACGUACGGACGGAGCUCCAGCCCUUCAUUCAAAUCUAAACAGUGACGUGAGGCGGCAGCAGCUGUUCCAUCACACGUCCAUGGCGAUGCGCUGCCUGGGCCGCGAGGCGCCUCGCAAGUUACACCCCACGUGCUCCGCGCUUAGCGUCGCAGCCGCUUUGGGUAUGGCGGCACGCGCGGCUGUUAGAGGAGUGGCCUGGCCGCACCCCGCUAUGGCGCCCGUGCCACGGAGGCAGUCGCGCCGGAGGUGAGGGUCGGUGGCAGGAGCUGCUGGCGGUGAGUCGAGCGGAGAGCGCGCGAGGUAGACGAGCCUUCUAGGGCUUCUGCUCGCUCCCUGCCGUGGCCUUCUUGCACACGCCGCAGCGCGCACUGCAUCAGCGGCGGAAGUCUAGCCAGGCGCGCGGGGAUCGGAGCUGAGCAGCAGGUUCAGUCGCUGGCGGGGCGCAAGGCGGGCGAGCUGGGCGACGGGCGGCAGUGGGCGGGAUUGGGGGCAGCGCGAGGCGCGGCGAGAUGAUCCCCGACGUGAAGCUGCGGAGCUGGCUGUCGCGCAAGGACAGGCGCGACGGCGGGGACGACUCGCCGCGGGCCAGCGCCAGAGAGCCGUCGGGGAAAGGGCGAGAGAAGCAGGGCGGGGGGGCGGGACUCGACAGGCUGAGCGCAGGGGGUGCGGAUGGCGCGCGAGGCAAGUCCGGCGCGGCAGCCGGCGGGCAGGCGGAGCUUUCAGCAGAGGCCGACGUGCCUCGCUCCGCCUCGUCCGACGCCUCCUAUGCGCGCACCCCGCGCGCCGACAUUGCCCGCGAUAUGCCACCAGGGGGCGCGAUGAGCCCCGCGGACGAGGAGCUGGAGCGCGCCAUGGCGGAGAUGGGCUGCGCGGGCGGGGGGCUAGGGCCGGCGGCGGGGGGCUCCGCGUCGGUGGCAGCGGCGAGCGGGGCGGUGACACCGCGGUCACGGCGGGAGAUAUGGAAGUGGCGGAGGAGCCGCACGACGGCGCUGCCGGUGGGCGGCACGGUGGGACGGGGGAACGCGGCUGCCCUGCGCGGAUGGCUGGACCGCGAGAGCUCCUUCGCCAGCUCCAUGGGCGGAGAGUCCGCCAGCGGGGCCUCCGCCGUGGGCUCUGAGGGCACCACCGGGGGGGGAGGCGCAGGAGGGGGAAAAGGGGAGGCGGAAGACGGCGGAGGGGAGCAGAACGGGGGAGGGGAGGCGGGUGCGGGGGGCGGAGCAGCAGGGAGCGGGUGGAAGCGGUGGCGGCUGUCGCGGCAGGUGGGGUUCGCGGCGGAGGACGUGCGGCUGAUGCGCGAGUUCCUGGCGCACAGGGACGCGUGGGUGGCGCUGGAGGCCAGCCCGUCCACGCGCUUCUACGUGUUCGACUACAUGCAGAACGUCAGGAGCGGCGCGCACCCGCGCGUGCUCAGGCUUCUCUCAUCCGGCGUUGCGCGCGGUGGUGCGCGCGCACGGGCUGUCGGAGGCGGAGCUGAAGAGCCAGAAGCGCGAGACGCUGCAGCUGCUGGCGCUGCUGUUCUCGCAGCACGACGGGCUCUGGCGCCUCCGCCGCCAGCAGCUGCUCGAACUCAUCGUCGCCGCACCCGCCUGGCACGCGGGGGGGGACGAGGGGGACGGGGAGGGCAACGGGGAGGAGUGGGCGGAGGGGGAGGAGGGGGGGAGGGGGGAGAGGGAGUGGAAGGGCUUGGGGCGGGAGGAGAUGCGGUUGGGCGAGAAGAGGGGCGGGGUGGGGAGGGGGAGCGGCAGGUGAACGGGGUGGUUAGGGAGGGCGAGGGCGGGGAGGAGGGUGGGGAGGAGGGCGGGGAGGAGGGCGGGGAGCGCGAUGGCAGGAGCGCGGAUGGGGCGUUGAGAGCAGUGGCCCUGGCAGCAGGUUCUCGCGCGGCACAGGGGGGAUAUGGGGAGGACGCUGGGGUGGGGAUAAAUGAGGGCGCUUUAGAGGGCACAGGGGACGCGGGCAGGGAGGAGGACGGGGAAGAGGGGUUGGGGGGAAGGCAAGCGGGGAAGGUGCGUGAGGGAGAGCAGGCGUUGGGGCCAUCGGAGGCGGGGCAGGGCGUGGCGGUGGAGCGUGUGCAGGGGAGUGCGGCCGCGGGUAUGACGGGCUGCGACGCCAUGGACGGGGCAGUUGCAGGAGGCGAGGCGAGGGGGGGGGAUGGGGGAGAGCACGCAGAGGCGAGUGCAGGGCGGAGGGAGGGAGUGCAUGUUGCAGGGGAUGGCAUGGGGCCUGGGACGGGUGGCCGGGGUAGAGAUGCUGUGCCAAUGCCUUGGCCCGCCCCGCCUGCACUGAGACCCAGAGCUGGGGAGGGCGACCACCAAGGCGGGGCGGCAGAGUCCACAGGUGGUGCUCGUGCGAGUGACGCCGGCAGUGGGGCAGUGGGCAGCAGCAGCGGCGUUGGCGCGGCGAGUGGGUGGGCGGCAUCGGAGAUGUACCGGCGCAUGAGCUCGAGCUUCCUGCAGCGCGACAAGGAGCUGCUCGCCGCGUUCCUGCAGCGCGCCGCGCAGUGGGACUCGCUGGCGCCGCGCACGCCCAUGCACGCGCGCUUCCUCGCCACCGUGGAGGGGCUGCGCGGGGGGGGGGGAGGCGAGGGCGGCGAGCUGGCGCGCAUGCGCGGCAUGGUGAUGUCGCAGCGCGACGCCGUGGAUGCCAGCGACGUCGUGCGCCUCAACAGCGGCGCGCUGCAGGUGACUCCCGGGGGGGUGCUGGGCUGCUGUGCUCGGCAGGGCUGCUGGAGGGUUGGGGUGACGGGGGUGAGAGAGAGGUGUGUGUGCUGGGUAGGUGGGCUGCUGUGGAGAUGUGGCGGUGAGGUCGGGUGGGGGCGAGCAGCAUGGUUGGCGUGUUCAGCACAGUGGUCUGACACAUGUUCAUGGCGCGUGCCGUGUCUCUCCGUCUCCUUCUCGUGUGGCUCCUCUCAUCAUCAGCGCCGCUGCCCUCUACACCUUGCUGCUUCUCACGCACAUCUCACGCCUUGCCCCUUUCCCUCUCUCCUCUGCUCCCCGCCGCCACCCCCCGCCACCCCAUCAGGUGCUAGCAGGCGUGCUGUCAGACGCGCCCCUCCCCCCCGCCACCCCGCGCGACGACCUCAUCGCCAUCUGCCUCUCGCACGGCCCCUGGGUCCCCCCCACCCCCGCCACCCCCGCCACUCCCGGCGGCACCCGCUCGCGCCGCUCCCGCAGCAGAGGCUUCUCCCGCGGGGUGGGGGACGGGUGGGACGAGGGGGGGGGAGACGGGGAGAGGUGGCGGAAGAUGGGGGCGCGGGCAGUGGCAACGGACGGGUGGAGGGCGAGAGCGGGAGGGAAAGGGGGGGGAGAAGGGGUAGAGGAGGUCGAGAAGGGGAGAGUGGGGUGGGCGUAGGAGAGGAGGAAGGAGGUGGGGUGGGGCGUGGCGAGGCGGGGAGGAGCAGCAGGGGCAGCAGCAAGGAAGGGUUUGCGUACGGGGGCACGUGGGGUGGCAGUCGCAGCAGGGCGGGGGGCAAGAAGGGGACGCUGAGUGGGAAGCACAGGGCGGAGCUGGAGAAGCUGCGGCAGGAGGUGCGCAUGAUAGAGGAGAAGGCCAAGCUCAAGAAACUCAUGCUGCAAGGCACCGCUGCGGCCCCCCACACCGCUGCUGCUGAUGCCAGCGCCACUGCUGCUGAUGCCGCCAGUGCUGGCGCUGGUGCGGGUGCCAGUGUUGCCAGUGAUGGAUGUGGCGGUGGUGGUGAUAAUGGUGGCGCAAGGGACAGGGAUGGCAGCGGCACAUGUUUGCCCAGGAGUGCCAGUAGAGGGUCGAGGCCUCUCUCCCACACGGACCACGGCACUGCUAUCACCACUGCCGCUGCUGCCACUGCUGCCACUGCUGCCACUGCUGCCACUGCACCACCUCUCACUGCGACCCCUGGACCUGCACCGGACCAAGCAGCGGCCUCUGCCCCGACCCAGUCCACUCCAGCAGAUGGCGCGGAUGAGCCGCAUGCCGCCCAUGCCACCUCCCCCCCUGAACCUGCCGCCACCGCGACCCCGUCACCCCUGCUGGGCUCAUCCCCCGCUGAUGCCCCCAGCUUCCGAUCCAUGGUGUCCCAUGCUGCCGUGGGCGCCUCCCUGCACGCUGCCAGUGACGCCCGUGACAACCAGCACAGUGCUGCCAUGCCGCCCAGCACUGCUGCUGCUGGCACACAUGGCAACGGGGAUGACGGGGAAGGGAGCACGGACAGCCAAGCUCAGCUUGACGCCUCGUCGCCCACCUCCAUCACUCUGUCUGGCGUGCCACAUGCGACUGCGCUGGAAGACCCCCUUGCUCCGCCCAUGUCCCCCUCACAUGCACCCAACCCCGUGCCUAUGCGUGCGCUCCAUCGCCCCCACCCCGACAGCCCUCAGGACCUCUAUGCCGCUGCCAGCCCUGCUGCCAGUAGUCCCGCUGGGGACGCCCCUACCUCUGCCGCUGCCACUACCCCCUCUGCAGGCCGGCAGGGCAUGCCUGAUUCGCCCACUGCCCCCCCCACCUCCGCCGCUCUACCAGCACCUUCCCCUGCCAGCGGCAGCAGCAGCGGGCCCACAGCAGGUGGCAGCAUGCAGGCGUCGUCCUCCCUGACCGUCCCCCCCCGCGGCCUGCGCGCCUGGCACAGGCAGCCCAUGACGCCCAACCUGGGCGCGUCCGCCCGGCGCCUACGGCCCCUGGCGUUCCUGCGAGGGGAGGGCGAGGCGGGCGAGGCGGUGGAGGUGCAGGUGCGCAGCCCGGGGUCGCAGGGCGCCAUGGGGCUGGCGGCAGGCGACGACGAGGGCGAGAGGCGCGGCAGGGGGCGAGGGGCAUCCAGGAUGCGAGGCAGGGAGCGCAGGGAGCGCGUGGUGCUGGGGGGAAGGGAGAUGGAGGGGGGGGUUGGCGUGGGGGAGGGGGGGAGAAGAAGAGGAGGGUGGGGAGGAAGAGGAGGAGGUGGAGGGGGGGGGGAGAUGGAGGAAGGGGAGAAUGAACAGGAGGAAGAAUAUGAGCAGGAGGAAUAUGAGGGAGUGGAGGAGUAUGGGGAGGAGGAGGAAGUGGAGGAGGAAGAGGGGGAAGUGGAGGGGGAGGAAGAGGAGGUGGAAGAGGAAGAAGAGGAGGAGGUGGAGGAGGAAGAAGAGGAGGAGGUGGAGGAGGAAGAAGAGGAGGAGGUGGAGGAGGAGGGAAUGGAGGAGGAAGGGGAGGCAGAAGCGGGAGCGGAGGAGGGAGAGGAGGGGUCACUGGCAGCAGAGAUGGAUGAUGCAGCGGCACGUUUCUUCGAUUCGAGGGGAGCAGCAGGGGUGUGGGAGGGCAUAGGAGCGACAGCACCAUCUGCAGCAGGGGAGCAGGCGAGGAAGUGGAAGAAGGGCAGAGAGAGGGGGUCGCAACAUGCGCACUGGCAAGGGAGUGGUGGGGGGGCAGAGGAGGGGUCCAGGGAGGGGGAUGAGGCGGAGGCGCUGCUGUCAGCAGCGGUGGCGUCAGGGGGCGGCAUGAAGGGGUUGGGUAGAGGGCAGGUGGAUCCGGAGCCCAGUGCCACACUGCUGCUGCGCCGCUUCAAGAAGAGAGAGGCCUUGCCCACCACACGCGAGGGUGCAGGGAGGUCUCCAGACACUGCGGGCGGCGCUGGCAGCGCGCAUCAGGGCGAGAGCGAGGGCACUCCAUGUGGCGCACAUGCACGUGCACCGCCUCCACCGCCAUCCGCACCCGCGCUGUCCUCGCCGCGCGCCAUGCACCAUGCAGCGUCGCCGUCCUUCUCCUCGCUCACUGUCGCCAUCCCCCGUGCCCCCCUUGGCUCCUCUGACCUCGCCCUGCACUCCCUCACCCGCGCCAGCCCCUCGUCCCAGCCCAGCCCAUAUGGCCGCCCGUUGUCCAGCCCCUACCAUGCCAGCCCCUCGUCCCAGGGCAGCCCGUGCCACUCCAGCGCUUCCUCCUCCCAGGCAAGCCCCCCUCAAGGCAAGGCUCACCGCCGCCACCACAACCACCACCACCCUCCGCACCCUCCGCAGCAGCAGCAGCAGCAGCAGCAGCAGGCUCAGCACAGCAGUUCCCUCCACGGACCCUCUCGGCUCUCCCCCACGGGCUACACUCCUAGCAGCGCAGAGGAGGGUGGGGAGCGGCACGGAGGGGGUGGGCCAGCGGAGGGCGCAGAUGAGAUGGACGAGGUGAGUCGGCUGGAGCACGAGGCGCUGCUGCGCUUCUCAGCGGGUGCGCGGCAGCUCGAGGUGCAGGCGGACAGGGAGCGCCACGCCGUCGACGUCGCGGAAGCUCGCGUUGCCUCUGCGCUGGAGCGCCUGGAGGCGGCCCGGCGCGCCGUGGCUGAGGAGAAGGCUCGGCGCACGGCAGCGGUGGCGCGGUGGAAGGGGGCAAUGAUGGCGGUGGAAGACGGCAGCGAGCUCAUGGACGAGGCGUGCACCGUGGUGCACCGCAAGGCCGACGAGUGCCGCGACGCCUGGCGCCGCCACGUGGAGUCCACGCAGCGCCUCACCACGGGCGGGUCGACCCCGGGCGGCACGACGCGCAAGAAGAUGAACCGCAUCCGGCAGGAGGAGUUUGAGCGCGCGGCGCGCACGCACGAGGAGUUCCUGCGGCUGUGGGAGGAGCUGGAGGCGCUGUGCAAGCCCAGCCUGCAGGCCGCCGUGCAGCGCCUCGCCAGUGGGUCGCUGCACGUGGAUGGUGACACGGGCGAGUACAGCAUGCAGGCGCCGCACAGCAAGGGCAGAGGGAGGGGCCGCGACAAGGUCAACUAGCAGCGCUGACCGCGUGCUGCAUAUUCUGGCAGAUUGCUGAGGCUGCACCCUUGGAAGCUGACCCACUUCCCCCUCGUCGCUCCCCUUCCCCCCCCCCGUCCACCCUCACUCACGUACACACACACAUCUGCCCCCUAUCAUUCGUCCCUGCUUCCUGCUAUUGUAUGCUUCCAACCCGCCCAUUUUCUCUGGUUCCUUAUCAUUGCAGCUCUUUCGGCUUUAGGCAGUAUCAUUCCCUGCUGUUAGACGGCGCAAAGCCGGAGAGGGCUGGUGCAUUUGGUCCCUGUAGAUGUAGCUUGCUAACAUAGUGAUAACACUAAUUCACAGUACUACAGGAAUCUAGGUGUAUGUUCCGUAUUCUCUCGGAUAUAGUUCUCAGAGUAGCAGAAUGAACUAGGAUGAAGGGU